AUGGAUGUGGAUUCAAUACCAGAUUCACUCGCAGAUGAUGGCGAGGUUGUUUUGUGGAGGCCGUGGGCGGAUGUGCCUGGUAUGGAUUCUUUACAGAUAGAAGCUGACGAUGUUAGGCGAUCACAGGCGGUUGUAGAGAUGGUACCGACAUUGGGGCCUCAAAGGUCUUUAAGGAAACGGAAAGCUAUUCAGAGAAUGCCCUAUAGUUUGGACAGGUUAAGACAUCGUCAAUUACUUCAAGGGUAUGAUAUUUCGAAUUUUGAGUCAUUGGCUGAUAAUCUAAAUCUUCCUAACAUAUCACCAAUUCGCGAAGGCCGCGAAAGCAUAACGGAGGCAAGGACUAAAAAUUAUAGAAAUGUCGAUGAUAGAUGGCUGCUGGAAAGUACCCAGGAUGUGGGCAAGGGGACAGUAGGGUUUGGUGAAAAUGGUGAAGAUGAUGAAGAUCAAGAUGAGUCGAUUUUGUUUUCUAGAAGGCCGUAUCAGUAUAGAUAUGGAAGGAGCGGAUUCCUUUCGCAGGGCUCUGAGCUGGGGAGUGAGAGUAGCACUAGCAGUACAGAAGCAGAUAGUGAUGUGGAAAGUUCAGAGGAUAUGAUGGUCUUUAGAGGGAAGACUAUUAAUGUUAAGCAUGGGUAUCGAGGGAUACUACCGAAGGCAGCAUGGGAAAAGUCGUUGCACAACGAUGAGCGGCGACAGUUGAUGAAACGCAGCAGAGAACGAACAAGCGGAACUACACGUAGGGGGUUGGCCAAAAGAAAGAAAGGCAGACCAUCGAAUGUUCAUGAUGAAAUAUUGUUACAAGACAUUGUUUCAGACAACCAGGCAGAUAGGGAGUCGUCUGAUCCUGAUUUAUAUCAAGACCAUGAAGCAAUAAACAAGAGUAGCACAUUUUAUGAAUUACGGGAUUACUUUGAUGACAAGUAUUCUCAACUUUAUAAAUAUGACGAACUUUCAGAUGAUGAAACUAAGACAGAAGUAAACCAUAUUAUUACAAAUGAUAAUGACGUUGAACAGAGACAAGAUGAACGCCCCGCGAUUGUUAAGUCGGCGCAGGAUUUGGGUUCUAAUGGACGUGACUUAAAUAUGUAUAUGGAUUUAAUUUACGAUUCUGACUAUGAAACAGAAAAGGAAGUAAUAGAAUUUAAUGAUGGUAUUAUAGACAUGAUGUUGAAUACGACUAGGAAGAGGAAACCAAGGAUUCAAGGUAAAAAAUCCUCAAAUAAAAUUAUGAACUCCAAAUCUAAUAAAAAUCGCCUAGCUCAUCGAAGAAUUCCAAAGAGAUCAAUUAACACUAGGAGAAAUAUUUCUUCGAACCAUUCAUUAGCCACUUCUUCAGGAAGAUCUCUGCACUUAACCCAACGCAACGCCGAACAAAAGCGUAGCGUAGAUGAUGAACCAGAGUCUAAAACAAACUUAAAGAAACCUCCGAACAAAUCAGGCCAAAUGGUCAUUACUCCAGAUCCAUUGGCAGUAAUAUAUAAGAAACCAAAACUAUUCGUGCCUGUAAUUGAAGGCUUAAGUGAUAAUUAUAUACUGCCCAGACAGUCUAAAAAAUGGCACAGGGGUUCUAACGACAUAUCAGCAGAACCUACAUUUAAAGCUUCCAGUCAUCUAUUAGAUUCAGAGGUAUUUAAUAAGAUCUUACAGGGUGGCGAUUUUCAACCUCCAGGUUCAGUCAUAGUCCAUAUAGCGACAAAGACCUACGUUGUUUCCAGAUUAUCUACUCAUACAGCGGAAGAAAUCAAAGCAGUAUUCCAGCAUAUUGUAGAUAUAGGGGCUGUAAAUGAUGAAAUAGUUACCAUAUCGAAACAGCUGUGUGAUGUUCUUUGUUUUAUCAACAAACCUGAGAUAUACGACGUAAUCGAUGAAUUUCAUCGCAACUUUAGAUCUAAAGUCGAUAAAUUGAAAGAUAGAGCAAAACCAAUUCAUUUUUAUCAAAUUUCUGUUUGCCAAUUUAUGCUACUUGAGAUCACGAAAUUCAAUAACGUAUCAGAACUUACCAAGAUAUCUAUAGAACAAAAGAUUAUGGACCACGUUGUUUCAUUUUUUAAGCUGUUAUCACGGUGUUUUAGUAUAUUUACGAACACUAAUGGUCUCGAACUGCUAAUAGAAAGUUACCAGAUUUUGGCCAUCAUACUUAGUCACAUUUCUCAGUUGCCUGCAUUAUGGGAACGGCUACAGAAGCAGAAGUUCCCGCCAAAUGUUUGUGAGAUUCUCGUGACAAUGUUUCCAAUUAAAUCGUCGUAUUGGGAUAUCUUCAAGCCAGAACAAACUUUCAAUGGUAUUACUUCUUGGUUAAGGUUUAUCGCUAGCUGUACAGAUACACCUCUAAGUUGGAAAAUUGAUAACCGGUUGAUUUUACAGCUUUACGAAUAUUUUAAAACUAGAAAAUUCAUGGACUUCGAGGAAGAAUCAAAUAUCAAAUCAUAUCCGAUAUUUCCCAGUGGUAAUUUACACAACAGAAGCACAGUAUUUAACUCUUUUUUGAGUUUAAUUAAUAAAGCAACGUUAACACCUGUCAUAUUAGAAAGGAUAACACCAAUAGGCACACUUCAUGCUUUGUAUUCCACUUCAUUGUUAGUGAAUAGGUUAAAUUUAUUAUUCAUAUUAGGCACUAAAGUCCAACAUAGUUAUGAGAAGAGGUUUGAAGAGUUAAUUGAACCGUACUUUAGAAAUGGGAGUCCAAGUUCUCUCAAAAUUCCCCAAAUGGAGUUACUGCUAGAAGCACAAUAUUCAAUCAUUGAAAUAACAUUAAAAAAUAGCAUUGAGGUAAGAGGAAAGUCAGUCAAUUUACUUUGGAAAUACGUAAGAAAAAAGAGUGAUGCAAAGAUAAUGAAGCUUUGGGAAAGUUUUCUUGGUAGGCUAAGAAAUCUUUUUUCUAAAUUCAAAACCACAUCGGUUUUGAUCUUAAAGAAUAUGGCACCAACCUUACACAACGUAUUAUCCGGCGAGUUUGAAUAUACUUUGGUUGAAAACAUGUUACAAUUAUAUCUCCCCAACUUAAAUAUAUUAGGUCCUGAAUGGGUUCAGCACCACUUGUUUCGAGUACUAGCAACACCAGCAAAUAAAAAUUUCGACAUUUUAAAUCAUUAUUGCUGUGUUAUUAAAUACUUAACAGAAACCAAUGUUAUUACUUGGUGGUCUGUUGUGAACUACAACUUGAUAAAUGGAGAUGACACCAUAAUGUUACAUUAUUACACGAAGAUCUGCGAAUAUAGCGACAGUUCAUUUUUUAAUCAAGCAAAAGACAUGCUGUAUUCAAAGGUUCUCGAUUUUUUACUUAAGAGGACUGAUCAAGCAUUUAAAUUAUAUUUAGUGGCGUUGAAUCGGAGAGAUCCUCGUUUCCAGAUAGAUUUCAAUGGUAAUCCGACUUUGUCUCAACUUCAAAUGGUUAAAAAAACCAUUAGAGCUCUACACAAAGCAUCAUAUGAUGAUUUAAUAGUAAAAUUUGUUUCUAAGGUAAGAGAUGCUUACCUUAAUGAUGCUUCUAAGAGAGAUUUUUUCUAUAAUACUGUGAAUUUUUUGAAUAAUAACUUUGUUGAUCAAAUUAAAGAUACGCAUGAAUUCAAUUAUAUGAAGGAUGAAUUUGGAAUAUCUGAUGAAGAAGCCAAAAAGAGUUCAUAUAGGGAUUAUCUGAUAUCCUUAGGAACUGAUGACGCAAGAUGCAUAUUCAUCGAAAAGGAACUAAUGCAAAUGUUCGCACACGGAAAGGACUUAACAAACCUUAUUGUAAGGUUGAAGUCGUCACUAAGUUUAUCGGUUUUUGAUAAUGCGUUAAAAGCAUUUGUAGAUAUGAUAAGUUCACAUCCAUUUGAACUCGGAGUAAGCGUUUUGCAUAUGAAUUCAACAUAUGUACUACUUCGUAUACUUAAUGACUACUUGGAAGAGAAUUGUGCACUGGUUACAUCAAACGAAUAUUAUGAAUUAAUUAGGCUACAUCUCCAUUUUAGUGACGGUCCUGCAAUUAAUUUCGACCAAAACACAAAAUCUGUCUCCCGGCUACUUCUAGAAAUUGAAAUAGUUAAAUUACAAUGCUUAGUUGUUGAAUUGUCCUAUGGAUUUGCUGAAUCCUCAGAUAUAAUACGCUCUCAACAAUAUUCCGCUAGCAUGAAAAGUUCACUAGAAUGCAUAGACUAUCCACAUGUUAUCAAUGAUGGUGCAAAUCAAUAUUUGAAAGCAGGGGUUAAGGGCAUUUUUGAUAAUCUUUUGUCAACGUUAACUUUAAAAUUACCAGUUGAGAUAUCAUUUAACGGUGAUAAAGAAGCCCUUAUUUCUAGACAUAAUGAAGUAAUCGACGCUUUGAUAAGCGAUUUCCAAAACUCGUCCGAAAAAGGCCCUUUAGAAAAUUAA